GAGCGGAAGCGAGGAGGGGUCCUUUGGCCGUGCCCGCUCGCCCCAAGGUGCCUGCGGAGCUCGGCGCGGGCCGCGCGGCGGGAGCGGCGCGGGGGCGGCGGCAGCGCCAUGAUGGUGGGCAGGACCAGCGCCAUCGCCGCGGGGCUCUGCGGGGCGCUCUUCAUCGGCUACUGCAUCUACUUCGACCGCAAGAGGCGGAGCGACCCCAAUUUCAAGAACCGGCUGCGGGAGCGAAGGAAGAAACAGAAGCUUGCCAAAGAGAGAGCAGGACUUUCCAAGUUGCCUGAUCUGAAAGAUGCUGAAGCAGUUCAGAAGUUUUUCCUUGAGGAGAUUCAGCUUGGAGAGGAAUUACUAGCUCAAGGUGAAUAUGAAAAGGGUGUUGAUCACUUGACCAAUGCCAUUGCUGUGUGUGGGCAGCCGCAGCAGCUACUACAAGUUCUACAGCAGACUCUUCCACCACCAGUGUUUCAAAUGCUUCUAACUAAGCUCCCUACAAUAAGCCAGAGAAUUGUAAAUGCACAGUGCUUGGCUGAAGAUGAUGUUGAAUGAGGUCACACCACAACAGGGGGAGAAAAGUUUUCUUACCCCAGAAGAUGAGCAUCAGUAGGGGGAUAAAGGGGCAAACAUAGUAGUUAAUGGACUGUGUACCCCAUCGGGUUCUACCAGAGUUAAAAUUAACUUUGUGUAGGUGGGUUUCACAGGAUUUUAUUUAUUAUCCCAGUGAAAAGUGUAUUUUGAUAAGAAUUCAUUUUAUAAAUACACUGUGUUGUUAUCAAAGUAUCACUAACUUCAUUAUUAUUAAAAUACACAGUUGUAAUGUUGUACAUAUAGAGACAUAAAGCUACGACCUAUUAAAAACCCAAUGCUCAUUUUUGAAAAAACGAAGUUAUGGCAAUAAAGAUUUAUCUGCACUUGUGUGUCCCUAUAGUACUACUUUAAAAUUCAGAAUAUUUGGGUGUCAGAGCAAAUUAUCUAAAAAUGACAACAUUAAAAUUUAUUUUUAAUGUUAUGGCUGGUCUUCCAAUACUUUUAAUUAAGUUUAAAACUUGUAAUAUGUGUAAUUUCCUGAGAAAAUAAAUAUAUGAUCAUUUAAACAGUAACAGAUCACCUUAGAAGGAGAUGCAGAUCACAGUGGUAAGAGAUGACUGGCUGCAGAAAGAAUGACAAAUCCAUUUCUGUCGGGAACAAAAACAUGUAAAGUGGUCAGUUCAAAAUUACUGGCAAACUUGAAAGCACUGUUAAUACAGGUGUCUGAAACAAAGCUGUUUGGAAUAGAACCUGGGCACAUCUUAAGAGCACUAAAGUUGGGGUUUUUUGGAAAGCUUGAAAUGUUGCAAGAUAGACAGUUGACAUUUCAGUCUGUAGUAUUCAAGACCACAGCAAAUGGUUAACAGUCUUUUAAAGGUAUUUGCCUUAAGAAAAAAAUUACACUGAUGAGGUAAGACAAUUAUAUCCCAUGGGUAAAUAGCAAAAGCUAAUGGAAUUAGAUGUGCGAUUUCAAUAUGGUGUGGUGAAUUUUCCUUUGCCAAUGAAAAGAAGACAAAUAAUAUACAGCAGGCUCAAAUGAGUAGGAGAAGUGUACUUAUGAAAGCAAGUUUUUAAUGGGUAGGAUCUUCUAAAUGUCAAAACAGACUGGCUUCUGCUAUUCUCUGAGUCUGUGCUAUCAGCACUCAGGUGGCAGAAGAAACAAUUAAAAACAUAGCUUUAUCUUUUUGGCACAGUGACUCAUUUUUAACUUGAGGAGAAUGCUUUGAGGUGUCUUUCAGACCAGCUGACAGUAUUGAUGAUACUGCUAGAGUAAGAUACUAGGUGGCAUAAUCUUGUAGAAGUGAGAUACACUGAAAGCACUCUAGCCAACUCUGUCUCGUUUCAGCCUGGUGCAAGUUUCUUCAAAGGCAUAUUCUCCUCAGUGCUUCAGAAAUUGCCUCACGCAGGAUUUUUGAGAGGUUAAGUGUAUGGUUGAUAGUGACCUAGCAGUCAGUUCCUGGGUUUGGGAAUAGAAAUGGCUCUUACUGAGUCAUUCUGCUGAGAUGGUUUGCUAUGGAAUUUUCCCCUUAAGCCCUUGAAAACAUUAUUUCCAAAAAUUUGAGGUGCUAUUGAAAUUUUCUGUAAUGUGAUAAAUACUGAAGUUAGUGGCUGUUACCAACAAACAUGUCUUAAACAACUGGAUGUAGUUUAAUCUUUGUGCUUGAAUUGUUCAGGUAGCAUAAGGUAAAAGUAAAGCGUAGCAGCCAUAUUCUUCAGGGGACAGUGGCCAGCGUGCUCUUUUAAUUUAUUUUACAGGGAUAAAGUUAUUUUGCACUUAAUAAAAAUACUGUGAAAUUACAGAAGGUUCUGAUUUUAAUGAGGCUUUUUGAAGGAGUUUUUCUUUUCCCUCCUAACCCUUAAGAGUAAAAAGUAGGAAUUCAUAGGUUAUGCUGACAGAACUGUUAGCACAUUUACCUUCUGUUUUGCUGGUAAUUUCAGCCUAUCUUUUUAGUGCAGCUUUUAACAUUGUUUUAGGGUGAAUAAAUCUUCCAUCUUGCCUUGAAAAGCAAACCCAAACAGCACAAGACAAAAGUUAGCACCCUUCUGUCAAACCUGAGCAUUUUUCUACACUUUCUGGUAUAAUGGUGAUAAUUUGAAUUCACAUUUUAGCUUACAGCAAAGCUCUCCUGAACUGUGUUUCAGCAAACCUGUGUGUCAAUUCUGAUUUUGAUGGAAGGUUUGGUGACAGUCUCAUUAUAAUGGUAUUUGCUGUAAUAAGCAUCAUAGACACACAUAUUGUUCUAACAUUGUUCAUUUUCUUGAGCCUGCAAAGUUAGAUGCAAACAAAAUUUAAGACAGCAUAGAUUUAAAUGUAGCCUUAAAUGCAAAUUUAUUCUCAUAUCUGAUAACCCAGAAGUACCUAGUUAGUAAGAGCUAGAGCAAGCUCUGAUACCUGUUUUGAGUGCCUUGGACUAAUAGAGUGGAAUGCUGAAUCCUUUUAACAAGACUUGAAUUUUUUUCUUCUCCCCAAAUGUCCCAGUGAAGCUAACACUGUACAAUUGUGAAAAGUUGGAAGCUAUUGUCUAGAAUGCAAAUUUGCUGUUGCUCCAAGAGCAGCAGGCUGACUGAGGUGUAGCUAAGCACGCACACUCCACAGAUGUUUCAGACUCAAGCAAGGACACUGCUUUCAGACACAGCAAAGUGCAGGUCAUCAGAAACGUGGUGGUAAUGAUGGAUGUUUCUGCAUCAGCAGUAGUAAUGCCAUUGCAUUAGCUGUGCAUAGUGCUGUACAUUUCUUUUCACUUGUGCAAAUGAAAAACGUGUGGAAGUAAUUGCUGCUAUGGAGCUCACAGCUGCUGGAGAAUGAAUUGGUAAUCUUACUUUACUGCAGGUCAAACUACUAGUCUUUCUCCCAGAAAGAACCAUCUUUCCUUCUGUGCUUCUCCAAGAAAAAGGCACUUGUUUUCAGCACGAAAAGGAUUUCUUAUAAAGAAACUGAGAGGUCUGUUAGUUAUAUGUUGGUAAGUCUUCUGUCCUCAAAAUAACAAGUUUCUUAGGCAGCUUUUAUAGAAAAAACCCACCCAGCUAGUUUCAUUAUCAUGCAGGACUACCUUUGAUGUCUCACAUUUAUGUUUUCUAGAUAAUGGAAUCAAAUCCAAAACCAGAAUGGUCAGGCACACUGAAUCAUCUGGCACUAAUUUCCUUUCCCUGGGGACUGACACAAUAUUAUUGUUGCCCUUAACAUGAAAAAUGGAGAAGUCCCAGCCCUGCUGUGUAGGAGGCCAGCCAGCCAUCAUCAAAGUAAAGCUCCAGCUAUUUAUGCACUCAGAAGAAUCUUUCUAAAGUUUCAUUUGUACAUCUGUUGAUGGUGUGUUUAAAGUUCCUUAGGCUGAACAGUGGCCCUACAUGACUGUUGUGUUACAGUUAACAUGAGUUAAACAUCAAGGGAAUCUUUGAAGUGGUCACUAAGUGCUUUUAGUGAUUGUUUCAAAGGCAUGUUGUGCUGCACACCCAUGCUUCUGUGUUUCUAAAUGUAUGGACAUAAAAAGGGCUGAUGUGAAAAGAACAAAAAAAAACUUCAAGGUUUCUGUUGUACCCAAGUUUUGGGUUGGUUUAUAGUUAGUGUGUUUACACUGACCAGCAUAGCUUACAGCAUUCUCUGUGCACUGACCGAAAGCCUGUUGCAAAGAGCUGAAAUUUGUGCUUAAUUCAUGAGGACUGGACCAGCUUUCAUCAGAGGUUCUCCAGAAACUGAACUAGUCUGGGUGACAGUACUUGUUUUCUGCAUUUGUACCAAACUCAAAACUUCCCAAAGAAAAUGUGGAUGUCUAAUGCUGUUCUCACAGAGCAGAGUUUGCUACAUCUGGUGUAUGAAUGUGUGGGUGAAGCUGUAGAAAACAGCUGGCCCUUCUGUGUUAUUUUUUGUACCAAAUUGUCCAAUAUGCUGGCACUAGAUAAUGGGCACCUUUUUCAAAGUACAGUGGUUUCCAUGUGUUCUUGAAAAGAAAAUCCAGGUUGUCUAUUUUUCCCUGCAGGGGGGGCUAGUUUUAAAGCAUAUUUACUGGACAUCUUUUGAUGAGCUCACUACCCUGCUUUCCAAUCAUUCCUGUAACUUAAUAGUCCUUAACUCUUAAAGGCCUCUGAGCUAUAAGCUUUUGACUCCAGGCAUACAGUUCCUGUCCUGCUUCAGAAAGGUUAGGUCUGUCUUUAGCAGGUUGACAGAUGGAUGUCCUGCAGUGGUCACUCACAAUUUCAUAAUUUCCCUUGCACCUUGAGAUGUUCUUGACUCAUCUUUGGGAUGAGAGGGUGUCUGGUGGUGCUCACCCAUGGUGGGAAAGUUACUUAACAGAAUGAGUGUUGCAGCUGGCACGGUGUUGCUGCAACCUAUGGAUCUCUUGGGAUGGUCCAUGCUGCAAGGCAGUUGUGAGUGGCUUUUGUGUAUGAAAUUUCUAGUGUGCAUGGAGGCAGAAAACAGAUGAAGUCAGUUGGUUCUGCCUCUUUGCAUGCAGGACCCUUACAGCUAAAACUGAUUUGGUCACACAAUCAUUUACUUGAGCAGGUCUCAGUCUAAACAGCAGAGGGCAGUUUUGCACACACAUUUUGUGCAAGCUCACCCUGCAAAAUCCUAAUUUUUAGAAUCUUCCUGUCUGGUGAGGUGAUGCAAUGCAGCAUUUUGUCCAGACAGAUUUGGUACGGUGUAUAAGACAGACUCAGUGAAGCAGCAGGGGAAUGUGUUUCAACUGAUAAUACCUAAUUUUGUCUUUUUAAAAACCUGUGUGUUUAAAUUGUUGUGAUGUCAUGAUUAGGAGGAUUUCCCUCUUUCUCUCCAUCUCUCAAUACAAACUAUGUAAAUAGAUAAGCCAGCUGCAUUGUGCAAUUUAAACUCUGCAAGAAAAUGCAACCGGAUCUGAUUGCCAGGCAUGCAAGAGAAGUUUUCCCCUGGCCAGCCGUGAUUAUUCUGGGUGAGCUUUGCUAGCUGGAGUGAAAGGAAUCCACCUUUCACAGUUAACUGCAGGAGGGGUGAAAGUGAAAUCUGCAUCUUGAGAUUUUACCUGCAGUUGGACUCUGCCUGUGAUGGGCCAUGGGAGGAGAGCCAACCAAAAAAUAAAGAAACAAGAUAUAGGUUGGUGACAGGAUGCAUUUUCAAUGCUGGUUGAAUUUCAGCUGAUGCUGACAAAAUCUACUCACCCCGUUGUGAUCCUGCAGCUGACAUGAAGUGAGCUGAUCUCAUACUUUGUCUCUCUCACGCCUUGGAGGCAGCUGUUCGCAUUGUAGUGGCACCCUGGCUCAAAACUGAAUCUUUACUCCUACAUCUCACAAGUGUUUUUUUCUCUGCUCCCUGGUCUUUGCUUGUGGAGGGGUAAAGUGUAUGUAUGCUAUACAAGUAAAUGGAAAUUUUCCACCCUUGUAGCCAUCAAUCAGCAUUUUUCCAAACAUUCAACUUGUAAGAAAUUCUUCAGUCUGCUCAACACAAGACAACAUCUAGAGAAAGCUGUUUAAUAAAAGAUACUGUGUGAAAACCAUGCUGCUUCUCUUUCCUUAGGUCACUCUGGCCAUGUUACACCUGUAACAUAGCCUGGAAGAUACAGAAAUUUGCUGUAAUAAAACGGUAUUUCCCUGUUUUGGCAUGUAUGUAAAAGAGCGUUUCCCUGGAGCUCUGAAACAUUAGCUGGUUAGCAUCUCUUUUUGUAUUUAAUAUUAUUUAAUGAGAAAGAAUGUACAUUCAGCUUUGAUGAUUAAAAUGACAAUGAUUAUUGCAUGAAUUUGUGAAUUAUAAUGCAAUGACUAAUUAAAUGGAGAAAUGAAGAAAAGGGA